AUGGAGUUAAAGAAGCGACUCGGUGAAGCCAAAGGUUUAUGGGUGGAGGAACUACCAGAGGUUUUGUGGGCGUACAGAUGCACUCCUCACGGAUCGACAGGGGACACACCAUUCAACCUGACUUACGGCACUGAUGCCAUGCUCCCAGUCGAGGUCGGCGAACCCUCAUUAAGACGGAAUAUCACUGAUAUGACGCUUAAUGAAGAACAGUUACGGGUGAAUCUCGACAUCCUCCCUGAGCGUCGGGAGGUCGCUACCCAUUCGCGCAGCGGCGCAAAAGCGAAUGCUAUCUCGUCUUUACAAACACCAAAGUCAAACCCAGAGCCUUCAAAGCGGCGAUCUGGUGUGGCGUAA